AUGCUGCCGUCGGGCCUGUCGUGGGCGACCUUCGCCUCACUCGUGCUCGGCGUGAGCUGUGCCAAUGACUUCGUGAGCGACAACACAAGCACGAGGUCACUCCCUUCACAAUUCGGUGCCGGCACGACGAAGACAAUAUACUGGACCAACCCCACGGGUUAUAUAGUGGGCAUAUAUGUGACAGGGAACGGACAGAGUGACGACUCGGCCGAUUACAACUGGGUAUUAGACCCAAACUGCCCAGAAGAAUCGGACAGUAUAUGCACAGCCCACGACAACACGGGACAUGCCUCGUUCUACGUCAACGAGACCGCCAUCCCACUCGGCUCAGGCUACCGGCUUCGUCUCCUAUGGACCAACUCCAAGACGUACGAAGAUGUCGACGACGACACGGAGGAGGUAGAGUCGAGUGAGUUCAGCGUGGUGCCGGCCGAGAGCCUCCCAGACCUGCCGAGCGACACGGGCCACGGGCUCGGCCCCGCCGAGCAGGCAGGCAUCUCCAUCGCGGUGAUCGUCGUUGUGAUAUUCCUGCUGCUGGUCAUAUGGUUCAGGUGGAGGAGGACGAAGAAGAGGAGGGAGAGGAGGGAGAGGCUCAUGAGGGGUGCAUCGCAGGACAAGGAACAGGGCGGCUGGUAUGAGAGGUGGACGGCCGGGAAGCCGACAAGAGACACAGAAGAGACCUGGACCGCCUCGGACCAGCCAGCCAAGCCCAGCCCCACGGUCUCCUCCUCUGCCGUUGCCGCCGCCGCCGCCGCCGCCGGGGCCGGGGCCGUUGCCGGGGCCGUAGGCGUCCGCAAGGUCAGCAACACCAGCAGCGACGGCGCGCAGCAACCACACCCGUACCUCGACGACAAGGCGGAGAUGCCCGCCGGCGCCGACGGCGCCAACAGGCACGAGAUCGACUCCCUGGGCACCAGCGCGGCCCGGAACAAGGUGGAGCUGGACGGCACGAGCGCGCCGCAGGGGGGCCUGGCCAUCGCCGAGCUGCCCGCGGAGCCGGUGAGCGGGCACACCUCGUCGCGGACGGUCAGCUCGGCCACGACGUUCGAGUACAACCCCAACCCGUCGUACGCGCUGCAGCCACCGGCCUCGCCGCGCCCAGAUGCUGAGAUGGUAUCACCUGUCUCGGAGGGCGUUGGCACAUAUAACUCGCUGGCCGGCUCCGUGUCACCCGUGACGCCCAUCGCGAGGAAGCCGGUAGGUGGGAUGGUGAGUACCAUACCGGAGCAGGAGCAGCAGGAGCAGCAGCAGCAGCAAAAUGGUGUUACUGCGGGUCAAGACAUGCUGACUCCCGAUGCGGCCGACGGAGCUCCAAAGAGGGGCAAGUCGGAGAUUUUGAGAACAGAAAAGUCUCGUAUCUGGAAGAUGCUUGGUGGAGGUUCGACAAAGGGGAAGCUGAAUCCGUCGGGCGGUGCCAACGUCUGA